AUGGCAGAGAUCUUGCAGAAUAUGAUCGUGAGAAACAGGAGGGCCGCCAAGCCCAGAAAGGGAGCAAAGGACUGUCGAAACGCACCCCAAAAACGACGCGUGUCGAUGCUUUUGGUGCAGUCCGCUGAGAUGUCGACUCAUAAGCAGCAGCGGUUGUUUUCUGGAUGCUCCACGAUGACGUCAUUCCAUAAAUAA